GCGGGAGGGGUAUAUAUAGGGAGGCCAGGCAGCCUGGAGUUAGUCGACCGUUGGGAGACGUUGAGCGGCGGAAGAUGAGUCCAAAGCCGAGAGCCUCCGGACCUCCGGCCACGGCCAAGGACUCACGAAAGAGCAAGUCCUCCCUCCAGCUGAGCCCCAGUAGCCCGAAGAAGAAGACUACCAAGGUGGCCACGAAGGGGAAAGCAGCCCGUGGAAGGAGAGGCGGGAAGAAAAGGGCCACAAAAAAGAUGGCGGCUGUGACGGCACCUGAGGCGGGGAGCGGGCCAGUGACACCCGGCCCCAGUGACCAGCCCAGCCAGGAGUUCCUUCAGUACGAGCUGCCACUGGCAGAGCCAGUGAGCGAGGGGACCCAGCACGACCCACUGAGUCAGGAGACCAAGCUGGAGGAACCACUGAGUCAGGAGACCGAGCUGGAGGAACCACUGAGUGAGGGGUGGCCAACUACACCCCUAGCUCCCUGAGCAGCCACUAAGUUCAGGCCCAGCCGCCAGACCUCAGAAAUCUCACCAGCAGGGUGCUUAGCUUGGUGAGAACAAUAAAAUGAAUGUGUUGCAAACUGA